CUAGACUGGUGAGCUGCCUAUAAAUGGUGGCAAAGAUGAAGCCCUUUUCCUCCAACAAGCCCAUAACUCCUCCAACACUCGAAGUCUUGCCAGCCCAACUCACGUUCUCAACUUAACCUUACAAUGACUGUCGUCAGCGCUCCCGCCAAAGUUCUCCUCACGGGUGUGAACGGGUUCAUCGCCGUAUGGAUUCUGCAGGACCUGCUUGAACAAGGUUAUUCGGUGCGCGGGACUGUCCGCUCGGCACCGAAGGGCGAGUUCUUGAAGCACAAAUACGCGAAAUACGGUGACAAGCUCGAGAUCGUCGUUGUGGAUGACAUCACUGCGUCUGGUGCAUUUGACGAGAGUGUCAAGGGUGUUGACGCAAUACUGCAUACCGCUGCGCCAGUCACUUUCUCUGGCGAUUAUGAUUCCGUUAUCAAGCCUGCUGUGGAGUCCACCAAGAGUAUCCUCAACAGUGCGCUCGCGCAUGGCUCCUCUAUCAAGCGCGUCAUCCUCACCUCCUCCGUCGUGACACUCCUGGAACCGCAUGACCCUGGGUACACCUACUCAGAUAAGGACUGGAACGAGUACGCCGUGAACGAGGUCAAAACCAAGGGCGAUAAGGCUCCCGGAUAUUUGGUCUAUUUUGCGGCCAAGACGCUGGCCGAGCAAGAGGCUUGGAAGUGGUAUGGCCAGCAUAAAAGGGAGAUCAGGUGGGACAUGGCAACUAUUCUCCCUCCUUAUGUAUUCGGCCCUCUCGUCCACGAGGUAAACGGAAAGCCUAGAAGCUUCCUGUACAUGAACCUGCAGCAGGAAAAGCCCCGCUCUGAGCUAGGUGCCCACGCAGGAGCCUGGAUCGAUGUGCGAAACGUUGCACUAGCGCACGUCCGCAGCCUUCAAGUCCCCGAAGCCGCCGAGGAGCGGCUCAUCAUCUCCGCCGGGGGAUUCUCUUGGCAAGAUGUCUACGACGCUGUCGCAAGCGUAAAGCCGGAGAUCGAGGGGAUUCCCCGUGGUGUGCCCGGGAUCGAGCGCGCUGUCAUCUCUCAGCCCCAUCCAAGCAAGGCAACCAAGCUCUUAGGUAUUGAGUACGUAGCACUGGCGGAGUCGGCGAGGGAUACGAUCCUGAGUGUUAGAGAUCUAUCUGCUUAG